CAAGAUACAUUCUCGCGUAUUUUCUAUUCGCUCUCACAUAUUUUCACGAUACUUACGUCAGUUUUUCCGAAUCAUCGGCUCUUCCAACCCAUCGGUUCCCCCAAACGACUUUUCCGGCGAUCAUGUUUCCACCAGUGCGCGCAGAAUUAUCAAUUUCACGGCAGUUCCCGUGACACUAAUCGAGACUCAUCGCGGUCGUUAUCAUAUUAUCGUAUUCGUUUUUAUGGAUAAUUUUGCUACCAGUCGCCGGCGAGGCCGAGGCAGGACGACCGCCGUACUUCACGUUCUCCAGCGGCAUUCCCACGGCCAAGGCGAUCCUGUCUCUCACGGUACUACAUCUUCAGCGUUUAGCGAUCACAGAACCAUAAAAAUACAGUCUACAAAUAAUCCACUGGAAACACAUUUCACCAGUAAUCAGAUCAUAACGCACAAAUACACGCUAUGGAACUUUAUCCCAAAGAACCUCUUCGAGCAGUUUCGGCGAGUAGCGAAUUUUUAUUUUCUACUGACGCUAAUAAUCGCGAUUGCGAUAGAAUCACCUAUCUCACCGGUAACCAGUGCCUUACCUUUGACGUUUGUCAUUCUGGUAACCGCAUGCAAACAGGGAUACGAAGAUUAUCUACGCUACAGAUCGGAUCAACAAGAUAAUCGGAGAUUAGUUACUGUUAUCCGCAAUAAAUGUACACAGAAUAUAUAUUGCGAGCAAAUAGUAGUAGGUGAUCUUGUCAAAGUUUCUCGAGAAGAAGACGUGCCAUGCGAUAUCGUUCUUCUUUAUAGCGAGACGCCGAAAUGUUGCUUCGUUACAACAUCCAAUCUCGACGGCGAAACAAAUUUAAAGACGUUACAAGUCCCAAAAGUGGUCGCGAAAAUGCCGCUCUCGGACAUUGUGACUACGGAAGCAACGAUUACCUGCCAACAUCCCUUGGCCAAUCUCUACACUUUCCAUGGCAAGCUCGAAAUCAACAAUGACAGCGGCGAGCCGAUCAGCGGGCAUCUGACGAUAGAUAAUCUUCUACUUCGUGGAUCCAGGCUGAAAGACACCGAAUAUGUAGUUGGCUGUGCAAUCUACACCGGACAAGACACGAAACUCUCACUCAAUUCGAAGAUAGUCAGCAAUAAAUUCUCAACCGCCGAGAAAUCCAUCAACAAGUAUCUCAUUGUAUACAUCACGAUACUUUUGGUUGAAGUGUUAGUUUGCACUGCGCUGAAGCUGUACAUUGAAUCCUAUAAAGAUUGGGACGGUUACUUAGGCCCAAGCCCUAACAUCACUUUUUCCACGUUGAUCACGGAUAUCCUGAGCUUUCUUAUCUUGUUCAAUUACAUCGUACCGAUAUCAUUGUACGUUACCAUCGAACUGCAAAAGUUCCUCGGCUCCUUUUUCUUCGCCUGGGAUUUGGAUAUGUACGACGAAGCCAAAGAUCAGCCAGCAUUCGCCAACACUUCCGACCUGAACGAAGAGCUCGGUCAAGUUGAAUAUUUAUUCACCGACAAGACCGGCACGCUCACUGAAAAUCUAAUGGUGUUUAGACGCUGCUCGAUCAAUGGGAAAGUGUACAUGGAGAAGGAUUGCGACGGAUCUCUUUAUUCAUUGCCACCGAGUGGAAAUAAAGAGGAGGCCGUCAAAUUGUCGUCGUGGCAGGCAGACAUUUGGCACUUCAUGAUAAGCAUUUCGUUGUGCCACGUGGUCCAGAUCGCACCGCCCAGUCGACGUCCCGAGGUAAUCGCCAAACGCACGCUGUUCCGCGAAAGUUUCAGGCUAAAAAAAAUCAAGAGGCUCAACAGCUCGCUGAUGAUGCAUCCGGAUUUACCUGAGUAUCAGGCAGCAUCGGCAGACGAGAAGGCGUUGGUAGAAGCGAGUGCCAGGUGCGGUGUUAUUUUCCAAAAGGAUACUAGCGAUGAGAUACACAUUAAAAUUAACGAGAAUGUGUUGAUUUUCAAAAAGCUCGAAAUAUUGGAGUUCACUUCAGAACGGAAGAGAAUGUCAGUAAUAGUGAAAGACACCGCGGGUGAUAUCUGGCUAUAUUGCAAGGGUGCGGAUUCAGCUGUUCUUCCAUUGAUCGUCGAAGGAAACCUUCAGGAAACUGCCCUUCAUGUCACUGACUUCUCUAUGAGAGGUUUGCGAACGCUGGUAGUGGCGUACAAAAAACUAGAUCAAUUCGAGUAUGAAAGACUUUUGCAAAAUAUCGAGCAAGCCAGGCAGAUAAUUGGCGCGGAAAGAGCGGCGUGUAUGACACACGCGUACAAUCUCAUGGAGAGUGGACUUACUCUGCUCGGAGUAACCGCGGUAGAAGAUCGGCUGCAGGAUGAUGUGCAAGAGACUUUAGAGUGUCUACGAGUAGCCGGUAUCAAAAUAUGGGUGCUCACCGGAGAUAAAGCGGAGACCGCGGAGAACAUCGCCUUCCUCUGUGGUCAUUUCAAGAAAGGUACUGAGGUUUUAAGACUGAUGAACGAGACUUCGGAGCAAUCCUGCUUUCUGAUCCUUACAACUUUCGAACGAAAAGUAAAACUUGAACCGUACAAGCAGUACGGACUGAUAAUAGACGGUAUGAGCAUGACGUCAACGUUGCGAAAUUGCCCGGAACUAUUAAAAUCCGUCGGAAUGGCGUGCGAAGCGGUUGUCUGCUGCAGACUAACGCCUUUACAAAAGAGCGAAAUCGUGCACCUGAUAAAAACCGCACGGAGUCGUCCACACACCGCAGCCAUCGGCGAUGGCGGUAACGACGUCUCCAUGAUACAAGAAGCGCACGUGGGCAUCGGAAUACUGGGGAAGGAAGGUCGCUAUGCCUCGAUGUCCGCCGACUUCGCGUUCACCAAGUUCAUGUUCCUGAAGAAGGCGUUGCUAGUACACGGGCACUGGUAUUACCUGCGCGUCAGCACCCUAAUGCAGUACUUCUUCUACAAGAAUGUAGUCUUCAUAACACCGCAGGUCCUGUUUAGCCUGCACAACGGUUUCUCCACGCAGGAACUCUACGACGGUAUCUUCCUGAUGGGCUUCAAUUUGGUCACGGCGCUGCCGGUGCUACUAUAUGGAUUGCUGGAGCAGAAUUAUAGCGCGGAGGUGCUCUUGCGAAAUCCGUACUUGUAUAAACUGAAUAAGAAUAAUUAUUUAAUGUCUAGGCAACAAUUCAUGAUAUGGUUGUUACUAGGAUUAUGGAGCACGUGCGUGACGUAUUUUGUAGUGUACGCGAUCACGUACAUCAAUCCCGUUUAUUUAUAUGACAAUACGCCGGUUGGACAGUGGACUUUUGGCACAUGCAUUUUUCACCUAGUUACUUUGCUGGUAAACCUGCAGAUAUUGUUACGAAGUUCAUAUUGGACAUGGCCGUUGGUACUGAGUGUAGUAUUAUCCGAAAUAGUAUUUAUCUUAGGCACGUUUUUGUAUUCGAUCAUACAUGUAAAAUACGAUGGCGACAUAUUAGGAGUUUUCCAACAAUUAUUUCUGUCGCCCAUAUUCUGGUUACUUACCCUAUUUAUUGUCGUUAUUUGCUUGCUACCCGAAUAUUUAUUCCUCACGUAUAACACUUACCGACCAUUGACAAUUCUGCGGAGAAACGAGGAAUCCCCGCAAAUUAUUUCUGACGACGACGGUGGAUACAGUUCCUCACGUACAAUGAGAAACCGCAUCUUUCCAUGGCGAGGUAGUCUUUCGCUGCAAAAAAAUUAUUAAUAGAAAAACUGCUAGAAAUAUCGCUGCCAGGAGCUUUUCAAGAUAAGCCACACGAAUGAAGCACUCUAGUGAUUCGUUUCUCGAACAGUACCUUAAAUGAUACACUUCCUGUAGUGAUGUAACUUAUGCUGCCACGAGUGACACAAUUGACUGUGUGUACUAUUGUCAAAUGUGUUUAAUCCUGUCAACUGAGAUUACAUGUUCUUCACGAUUCAUUAGACAAUGUCGCAAUUAGAUUGCCAAUGCUAAUCACAUGUGAGUAUACACGUAGAUUUACGUUGACAUGCCUCUAGUUACUAUUUGUGAAACGAGUCAUUUAUAAAGCACGAACUGUGAUGAAAGAAUUCUUUCUUUGUCGAUAAAUGUUGCAUAUUCACAUACCAUGUAUAAAGUUUUCUCUUAAUUUUAUGUGUAUAUGAGAAUUGUACAAUUGCGUAGUCGAAUUGCGAGUUGAGUGUGCUGUAUGAUUAAUACGUACAUAUGUAUGUUUGAUAUUUAAUAUAUUUAAACAAUAACUUUUCUAUUUAAAGUGAAUAUUUUAAAUACGU